AGUGAGGAGCAGAGAUUCAGAGAGAGAGAGACACACACAGAGAGAGACCUCCAGCUCCUUUGCUUGCAACCCGCACUUUCUCUCCAGCCCCCUUCUCUCUCUCUUCUCCCCACCUUUUACCUCCUUGCCUUGCCUUUCCCUCUGGUGAUCCUCACAUGAUAAACUCUCCACCGAAAGGGGCUGGCCAGGCAGGAAAAGAAAAGGAAAGGAAAAAGAAAGAAAGAAAGAAAUCCACAUUUCAAAGCAAGUCUCUCUCUCUCUCUCUCUCUCUUCCUCCCUUUCCCUUCUUUCUUGUCCUUCCACCCACUUUUUUUGUUGCUUGUCCAAAAACCCACCAAGAUGAGCUGAUGGCAUCCUUGUGCCUUGCCUAGGCAGCAGCAGCCCCUUUCCCCAAGGCUUUCUCCCCACUUUUUUUUAGCAUUUAUUCUGCUCUAGAAUAUAACUCUGGCUUGGUUUGCCAAGAGAGAGAGAGAGAGAGAGAGAGAAGGGGGGAAAGGGAAAAGAAACCAGGGGAAGAGGGAGGAAUACAGGACAUUUCUCCUGGGCUUUUGCUAUUGUCUGAAUCUCCCUUGGUAGCCAAGAGAUUGAAGAUGCAAACGGUAAAGAAGUGGACAUUUGUUUGCCAUUCACUUUAGCUCCUCUUGGAUAUGUGAAGGAAAUGUUUUUAAAUUUGCUUUGGACUGAAAAUGUCUGCAGACAUAGAAAGGAAAGCGAAUUGUAAAACGGCUAUCAAGAAGUGGAACCACAAAUAGCUAAUCCUGAAGAAAUAUAAUAAGUCCUGGUUAUGGUGCAAUGCUGGAGUGGAGAUAAAGCUGUAGCACAUAGGUAGUCCACUUCUUCUAAAUUAUGGAAAUUUGGUGGAAGACGUUGACCUGGAUUUUGUGCUUAAUUAUGGUUUUGUCAGAAUUUCACAGUGACAACACACUUUCAUAUAGUUCUCAAGAGGAAUUCCUGUCUUACCUUGAACACUACCAACUAACAGUCCCAAUAAGGGUUGAUCAUAAUGGAGCCUUCCUCAGCUUUACUGUGAAAAAUACUAAGUCCACCAGGAGAAAGAAGAGGAGUGUUGAACAUUAUGAGCAAGAGCUGGCAGUUUCUAAUUUAUUUUUUAAACUUUCUGCCUAUGGCAAGCACUUUCAUUUAAACCUGACUCUCAGCACAGAUUUGGUAUCCAAACACUUCACAGUAGAAUACUGGGGGAAAGAUGGACCUCAGUGGAAGCAUGACUUUUUAGACAACUGUCAUUACACGGGAUAUUUACAUGGCGAGCAUGGCACAACUAAAGUAGCAUUAAGCAACUGCAAUGGCCUGCAUGGUGUUAUUGUUACAGAAGAUGAAGAGUAUUUUAUUGAGCCUCUAAGAAAUUUAACUGAAAAUUCCAAUAACUUUAGUUACGAAAGUGGUCAUCUUCAUGUUAUAUACAAAAAGUCUGCCAUGUACCACCAGCUUUUCUAUGAUCAUAUCCACUGUGGUGUCUCAGAAGACCUCACAGGAAGCAGUAAACCAUGGUGGUUAAACAAUACCAUUGCAUUUCCAACUUUACGUCCUGUUAAUCACACAUUAAGUAGUCACCAUCGUCUGAAGAGAUCAAUAAGCACUGAACGUUUUGUGGAAACGCUGGUAGUAGCAGACAAAAUGAUGGUGGGAUAUCAUGGCCGCAAAGAUAUUGAACAUUAUAUUUUGAGCGUCAUGAAUAUUGUUGCCAAACUUUAUCGUGAUUCCAGCCUAGGAAACGUUGUGAAUAUUAUAGUGACUCGUUUAAUUGUCCUCACGGAAGAUCAGCCAAACUUGGAGAUAAAUCACCAUGCAGACAAGUCCCUUGAUAGCUUCUGUAAGUGGCAGAAAUCCAUUCUCUCUCACCAAAGUGAUGGAAACACCAUUCCAGAAAAUGGAAUUGCCCACCAUGAUAAUGCGGUCCUUAUUACUAGAUAUGAUAUCUGCACCUAUAAAAACAAGCCUUGUGGAACACUGGGCUUGGCCUCUGUUGCUGGAAUGUGUGAGCCUGAAAGGAGUUGCAGCAUUAAUGAAGAUAUCGGCUUAGGGUCUGCUUUUACCAUAGCACAUGAGAUUGGUCACAAUUUUGGUAUGAACCAUGAUGGAAUUGGAAAUUCUUGUGGGACCAAAGGUCAUGAAGCAGCAAAACUUAUGGCAGCUCAUAUUACAGCAAACACCAACCCUUUCUCAUGGUCAGCCUGCAGCAGGGAUUAUAUCACCAGUUUUUUAGAUUCAGGCCGUGGUACUUGCCUUGAUAAUGAGCCUCCCAAGCGUGACUUUCUUUAUCCUGCAGUGGCCCCAGGUCAGGUGUAUGAUGCUGAUGAACAGUGUCGCUUCCAGUAUGGAGCAACAUCACGUCAGUGUAAAUAUGGGGAAGUGUGUAGAGAGCUUUGGUGUCUCAGCAAAAGUAACCGUUGUGUUACCAACAGUAUUCCAGCAGCUGAGGGUACUCUUUGCCAAAGUGGAAGCAUAGAAAAAGGGUGGUGUUAUCAGGGAGAGUGCGUACCUUUUGGCACUUGGCCCCAGAGCAUAGAUGGGGGUUGGGGUCCCUGGUCAAUUUGGGGAGAGUGCAGCAGGACCUGCGGGGGAGGAGUCUCAUCAUCCAUAAGACACUGUGACAGUCCAGCACCUUCAGGUGGAGGAAAGUAUUGCCUUGGAGAAAGGAAACGGUAUCGCUCCUGUAAUACUGAUCCAUGUCCUUUCGGGGCCCGUGAUUUUCGAGAGAAGCAAUGUGCAGAUUUUGACAAUAUGCCAUUCCGAGGAAAAUAUUACAACUGGAAACCAUAUACAGGAGGUGGUGUUAAGCCAUGUGCAUUAAACUGCUUAGCAGAAGGUUACAACUUUUAUACUGAACGUGCCCCUGCAGUGAUCGAUGGAACACAAUGCAAUGCAGAUUCACUGGAUAUUUGUAUCAAUGGUGAAUGCAAGCAUGUUGGCUGUGACAAUAUUUUGGGAUCUGAAGCUAAAGAAGACAGAUGCCGGGUAUGUGGUGGAGAUGGGAGUACUUGUGAAGCUAUUGAAGGUUUUUUCAAUGACACAUUGCCCAGAGGAGGUUACAUGGAAGUAGUUCAGAUUCCAAAAGGGUCUGUUCACAUAGAAAUCAAAGAAGUGACAGUGUCAAAAAACUACAUUGCUUUGAAGUCUGAGGAGGAUGAUUAUUAUAUUAAUGGUGCCUGGACUAUUGACUGGCCUAGAAAAUUUGAUGUUGCUGGAACAGCUUUCCAUUACAAAAGGCCAGCAGAUGAACCAGAAUCUUUGGAAGCCUUAGGCCCUACCUCAGAAACCCUCAUAGUGAUGAUUUUACUACAGGAGCAAAAUCUGGGAAUAAGGUAUAAAUUCAAUGUUCCCAUCUCACGCACUGGCAGUGGCGACAAUGAAGUUGGUUUUGCAUGGAAUCAUUUACCUUGGUCUGAAUGUUCUGCUACUUGUGCUGGAGGUUCUCAGAGACAAGAAAUAGUGUGCAAACGGCUGGAUGACAAUUCUAUAGUACAGAACAAUUACUGUGAUCUUGAUAGUAAACCACCAGAAAAUCAGAGAGCCUGCAACACUGAGCCUUGCCCACCUGAAUGGUUUAUUGGAGAUUGGUCAGAAUGCAGUAAGACUUGUGAUGGUGGAAUGAGAUCACGAAUGGUUCUAUGUAUCAGGAAGAUCGGACCUUCUGAAGAAGAAACCUUGGACAGUACUCAUUGUUUAACACACCGGCCAAUUGAAAAAGAAUCCUGUAAUAACCAGUCUUGUCCCCCACAGUGGAUUCCUUUGGAUUGGUCAGAAUGUACUCCAAAAUGUGGUCCUGGUUUCAAGCAUCGUAUUGUUCUCUGUAAAAGUAGUGAUCUUUCAAAAACAUUUCCAGUAGCACAUUGCCAAGAAGAAAAUAAACCUCCAGUCCGCAUGCGCUGUAGCUUGGGCCGAUGUCCACCACCACGAUGGGUUACUGGAGACUGGGGACAGUGUUCUGCACAAUGUGGUCUUGGACAACAGAUGAGAACUGUGCAAUGUCUCUCAUAUACUGGGCAAGCAUCCAAUGACUGUCCAGAUACUCUUCGGCCUCCAUCAAUGCAGCAGUGUGAAAGCAAAUGUGACAGUACUCCCAUUUCCAACACAGAGGAAUGCAAAGAUGUGAAUAAAGUGGCCUAUUGCCCACUGGUGCUGAAGUUCAAAUUCUGCAGUCGAGCAUACUUCAGACAGAUGUGCUGCAAGACCUGCCAAGGACAUUGACCCACAGAAACUGAAAGUGCCUUGUUAUUUUCAUUGUGGAAAUGUGUCCAUCAGAGUUUGCUGCAAGUGCAACCAGACGUAUGUCCUUGUAAAUGCAUCACCCUGUGGAAAAUGUAACCACUGGUCAGCCCCAGCUGACAGAAUUUCAUUAUUUUAACUUCUGUGAAGUGGGAUUUAUUCAUCCAAAGUGCUGGACACACUAUAAGGAGGGCAUGUCAAAAUGGAAAAAUACAAACAGUGCGUACAGAGUAACUUAUGGUGGAACAUAUGUGUACUUUUGACUAAAUCCACUAGUCUGUUUACCUCUUUGGACCAUUAAGAUAAUUUUUAUAAUGGACUUAGCAAUGACACUGAAUCCAUUUGUAUUUAAUAUUGUUUAAAAUGUAGCUGUUAUGGUUUGGUCAACUACAAAAGUAAAGAAUUUUUAAAAUCUUGUCAUAGCUUAUAAUUAAUAACUAUUUUAUCUUACUACAUAGCACCACAACUUAACUUAAAGAAGUGGGCUUGGGAAUAUUAUUUUAGAAUGAAUAUAAAUCAGAAGUAAAAGAAAUGUAUUUUCCUUUGUUCAUCUAAUUCUCUGAAGAAUAAUCCAUAUUUCCUGAAGACUGCUGUGAGCCAUAUCUAAAGCUAAACUGAACAAGAACAUUAAGAAACAUAAAGUUAAGAGAUGCAACAGUUUUUCCCGGGAUGCAUCAAAUAAUAAACACAUACUGCAGGUUUACAGCCAUAUUUCCAUUUAAUCAUCACACCCAGAUUUCCGCUAAAAAGGGAAUAUAUCCAUACAUUGGAAGAGUUAUACACCAAUUGUGAAGAUAUUUCAUAAUAUUUUACUGCCUACGUAACAUUUCAGUUAGAGAGGAUACCCAUUUUUCAGAUGUUUAACUGGUUUUUAACUACCAGCAAUAAACUGUGUAGUGGGUCUUCUAACUUGUGCUGAAAGGUGCAGUGAAUUUUUCCAUUUUUCCUUCACUGAAACAAUAGGGGAGCACUGAUUUAUGAGAGACUAUGGAGAAGAGUGAAUAUGGUUGCAUCUGGUUUUGGAGAUUCCUAUAAAAUAAACAACCAAAGAGUACCUAACUUAUGGGAAACUUUCAAGUUAAAGUACCAUAGUUUUUAUAUUCACAGUUUCAAUUUAUUAAUAUGCUGACUUGUAUUAAAUGUGAAGCCAAGCUCCUUGGGUAAAAUAGAUUCCAGAAUCCAGUGUGAGCUAAUGCUAAUGGCCAUACUUCUCCCCCAUUCCCUGCUUUGUCAGUGACACAACAAAGAGAUAAGGAAAGUGGGUACUUGUUUAUAUUAUUAUAUUGUACUUGAACACUUGCAGUUUGUAGCAGGUACUUGAUGAAUGUGCUUUUGUGUCCAACUUGCCUCCUUUGUUGUAGUGCAAUUGAGAUGAUGUGAACACCACCACCUUGUAUUAACACUAAAAGUCAAAUGGCACUUUUAUAAAAAAAAAAUAAUACUCUUAAUGAGACAAGCUUUUAUAACAUGUAUAUGAUAUCUAAAUGUGUCAGUAUAUUUAACAAAUUGCAGUAAGCCAAAUGUGUUGAACAAUAUUAACUAAUGUGAAUUAACAGGAAAAACAGAGAGAGAGAGAGAGAGAGAGAGAGAGAGAGAGAGAUGGGGGGAGAGAGCGUGUGUGUGUUGUACUAUGCAGGAAAAAAUACUGACAAUCCAUCAGUAGGGUUUUCUCUAGCCCAUUCAUUCAUAACCAUCAGAUUCCUGUCACAUUCUACCUCUUGACAGAAUGUUUCACUUCCAUUAUACUUAUGAGCAGAAGAAUUCACUUCUGGCCAAUUUGUUUACUUGGAGCCAUUUACUGCUCAAUUGCAACAAACAGAGGUCACUGAAAUGGAAGUUUAGAAAUAUACAUUUUGUGAAUUCACAUGUAAGUGUGAGGGCAGUGUAGCCAUUGAGUGAAUGUCAUUUACACAUCAGUCUUUUAGAGUGCAAUCCUAUACAUAUCUACUCAAAGGAAAGUCCCAAUGAGUUCAGUGGUGCUUAUUCCCUUGUAAGUGGUAUAGGAUUGUAGCCUUUAGGAAAUAUCUUGGUGCUAACAUGCCUUGGCUAACUAAAAAAUAAUAAUAAAAGGGAUAGGUAUUGCAUGGGCAUUUUCCAGGCAAGACAUUACAAUCUAUAAUACUUUGGUUUGCUCUGAGACAUGAAUAUUUAUUAGUUAAUGUAUCUUUUGAAUUAAGAAAAAGUGAUGGGAUUUAUUGAAACAAAACUUCUUUUACCUCACACAACAUCGACAUUGCAAAGAGUGUUUCCACAAACACAUUUUGCUCUUUCAUUGGUGCUAGAAGACCAGAGAGUCCAAUGUUUACUCUGCAGCACAGAAGAGCACUGAGUUUAGAAUUUAAGAAGCUCCCUGGAGUAAUGUUGACGUACAUUGCUGAAGGGAAUGAUACACAGAAUGUAUUGGGAUUACAAAUGGGCUGACUAGUCGACCUAAAUAAAAACAUGAAUAAAAGAGGUAAAUCAUUGGUUUUCACAGCACAGGACAUUGCUGCUACACUAUAGCCAUCUAUAUAAUCUAAGCUAAAAAUAUUAAUAUUAUAUUCCUAAAUAAUGGCAAUAAAACCAUUUGUAUAGGCCUUACAAAGAUGAGAACCCUAGAAAUUCAAUGGUGGGAUACUAAAUUUACAAAUAAUUACUGAUAUUUCCAUUGGGCAAUGCCACUUUCUAUAAGGCCUAAAGCUCAAACUAUCUAAAUAUACACACCUAAAAACUACCCAUUUUAGAGGGAUCUUUAUUAAUGGUAUGGAUGUCACAUAAAUUUCCUUAACAGUACAAAAUGGAAAAAAACAUGCUAUUAUUGUGAUUAGUUGCUUCUUAUUUUAUGCGCAGUAUUAAUGUGGUACACUGUUACAUUGUUAUUAUUUUUAUUUGCUUUUGUAAAUUAUAUGCUAAUUUAUUUCCUUGUUUCCUAACACCUGUUCUUACAUGUCAUGCAUUCUGCUGCUUGUAACAUUUGAGGCAGUAAAAUUCCACACCAGGCACAGAUUUGUUUUUAAUAUAGAUAAUUUAGUAAAAUAAAAAUGCAACUUUGAAGAA